GGGAGCGAGUUUAUAUACAACACAGGCUAAGCCGAUGCUAAUAUAGCAUAGUUCAGUCAUGCCUGUGUGGGAAGGAAGCAGAAAGCACUUGGCACAAUGUCAGGAUGUCGUGAAUGAAAACAGAGAUGUCGACACUGGUCACUUUCCCUUGUCGAGUCAUGUCUGCAUGAUUAUGACCAUCGUCAUGUCGAGCAGUGUCUAUGGGGUUCCACGUCAUUCACCCCUCCUGCUCAGGUUCAACGUCAUCAUCGGUCGUAUUGUUGAAGCAGGACUGCAGAUGAAGUGGAACAGUGAUUCUUUGCACCAAGCAUUACUGAACGGGAGUAUAUUCGCGGUGUCUAGUUUCCAGACAGCUGAUCCUGCACCACUGAGCCUAACACAUUUGCAGACGGCUUUCUAUUUACUUAUCUCUGGUUUAUUAUGCAGCACAGUGGUCUUUAUAUUACAGCUCAAGUGCAGUACAAGUACCGAAACAUAAACAUACGCUGCCUAGCG